AUGGAACGCUUUGUCCCUAUCGUCCACGCCGUUGCGGCCGUGUUUACCGUCAUCGAGCUGGGCCUGACGGCUUACCUCGUAAGCCCGUUCUGGGGAACCCCCAGCACCCUGGCUUUUAUGGUCUUCAACUCAGUCUGGUCGUUGCUGCUACUCGCCUACCUCUUCCUGACGCCCCUCUACUACGCCCGGUUCUUCCACGGCCUCGUUGCGCUGGUCCUCGAGUGGAUUACUGUGAUUUUUUGGUUCGCCGGUUCUAUUGCCCUCGCCGCCUGGUGGGGCUCCCCCCGAUGCGACGGCAACACCUACUGCGGCUCUACCGAGGCGGCUAUUGCGUUUGGGUUUUUUAUCUGGGCGCUGUUUGCUUUCCUGGUCUUUAUCGAUACUCUAGCUUUUCUCCGCGGCCGUGGGCACCAUACCAACACGGCUGCUCAGCCUAAGCCCUUCCCCGGCGUCUAA